AUGUCUCUUCUUUUUCUAGUAAUCUCUUUAAUUGUAUGCCUGAUCACAUCCACCACCCAAUCACAACCUAGCACCGAUUUCAUCUUCAAUGGUUUCCAAUCCACCAACCUAAACUUGGAUGGUGAAGCCAAGAACAUUGAUGGGAUUUUGUUCCUAACCAACCGAACACAGCAGACAUCUGGCCACGCUUUUUAUCCAAGCCCGAUCAUCUUCAAGAACUCAACAAAUGACUCGGCUAUCUCCUUCUCCACUUCCUUUGUUUUUGGUAUUAUACCGGAUAACCAAACCGGUGGCCACGGACUCUGCUUUGUCAUUGCUCCUGAACCGGGCUUACCAGGGGCAAAAUCAAACAGUUACAUGGGUCUUUUCAACAAGUCGACUAUGAACCCGAACCGCACUAACCACAUAUUAGCCGUUGAGUUUGACACAGUACAGAGCCCUGAAUUUGAAGAUAUCGAUAACAAUCACGUUGGUAUCGAUAUCGACAGCCUGGAAUCCGUGUAUUCCAAGCACACCGCGUAUAACUCAGACAACAAUGGCACAUUUCAGAACAUGAGCUUGAUUAGCGAUGAAUCCAGGCGGGUUUGGAUCGAAUAUGAUGGUGUCAAGAAACAAAUGAACGUAACCGUGGCCCCAAUUAAUCUGGGAAAACCGUUUCUGCCGCUUCUCACUCUAAAUAAAGAUCUGUCUCAGUACAUAAAUCCCAUUAUGUAUGUUGGGUUUUCAUCAUCAACCGGUACGAUUUUCAACCGCCAUUAUUUGUUAGGAUGGAGCUUCAAACUGAAUGGCCAAGCUAAGGAGCUUGAUCUCUCUCUGCUUCCUAAGCUUCCUACAAAUAAUAAUACUAGCCCGACAAAGUCGUCCAAGUUUCCGAAAAGAAAGUUUUUGAUAAUCGGGAUGCCUUCGAUUUUGGGUUUUGUUCUAUUAAUAACGAUUAUAUCAGCUUUGGUUUACUAUUUUAAAAGAAAGAAAAAGUUUGCGGAGGAAAUGGAGGAUUGGGAGCUCGAAUAUGGGCCUCAUCGGUUCAAAUACAAAGAUCUCUACUUCGCCACUAAUGGAUUUAGCAACAAAGAAUUAUUGGGUACCGGUGGAUUUGGCCAAGUAUAUAGAGGGAUACUACCAAGUUCUAAAAUGGAGGUUGCCGUGAAGAGAAUGUCCCAAGAAUCAUGGCAAGGCAUGAGAGAAUUCGUGGCGGAAAUCGUGAGCAUCGGUCGUCUUCGCCACCGUAAUUUGGUCCAACUCAUCGGAUAUUGUCGACGUAAAAAAGAGCUAUUAUUGGUGUAUGAGUAUAUGUCUGGAGGAAGUUUAGAGAAGUUACUUUAUAACAUAUCAGGGCCUACUUUAAAUUGGAGCCAACGUUUCACGAUCAUUAAGGGAGUCGCAUCGGGUCUUUUCUAUCUACACGAAGGAUGGGAACAAGUUGUUAUCCAUAGAGACGUUAAGGCUAGUAAUGUCUUAUUAGACAACGAAUUAAAUGGAAAAUUGGGUGAUUUCGGGUUGGCCCGAUUACAUGACCACGGGUCUGAUCCUCAUACCACCCAAGUUGUUGGUACAUUAGGUUAUCUUGCCCCGGAACAAAUGUGGACCGGAAAGGUGACCGAAGCUACCGAUGUAUUUGCUUUCGGGGCAUUUUUGUUGGAAGUUGCUUGUGGAAGGAGACCCAUUGAAAUGAAACAAGAGCGGUUCAUUUUGAUAGAAUGGGUGUUCCGGUUUUGGUUAAAGGGUUUGAUAACUAAUGCGGUUGAUCCAAAUUUAGGUGGUGAAUUUGAUUUUGAGGAAGUGGAAUUGGUAAUAAAGCUUGGUUUGCUUUGCUCCAAUAUGAACCCCUCAGCUAGGCCCACGAUGAGACAAGUGGUGGAGUAUUUAGAAAGAGAUGUCAUCAUGCCAGAACUCUCAUCUUUUGGGAUAACGAUUUCAUCUGUGACCUUUCCUCAUAGGGAAGGAAUCAAUGAUGAUUUGUAUCCAUCAACUUCAUCAUUCAAUCCAACAUAUGAUACAUCAAUUAUGGCGGAAUCACAACUCUCUCAAGGCCGAUAA